AUGGACGCUCCUGAGUGGAAGCCUACGAGUCAUCCUCGUGCUCACCAAGACGAUGUUCCGGAUGACGGAGACAGCGUGGCCGGUUAUGAAGAUAUCCCUUCCAAGGAGGAGAUCUUACAGCACGACCACGAAACUCUGACCGGGGAAGAGGAGGCGGAGAGAUUACUGGGCGGCGCAGCGGAGGACAACUCUGGUAUGAGACGGGUGCGGCGUCCACGGCAUCGAAAUCAGCGGCGACUCGAAGAAGGCACCCGCUCGUCGAGCGCAACCAGCAGUGCUACGUCGAGCCAAGAGGAUAUACGGCGGACGGCAAUAGAUCGAGCUGGGGUGAAGAAGACCAAUGUGUCAUUCUGUGGACGACUCACGGCACUCUAUCUCGUGAUAUGCGUUGCUUUCCUGGCCUUGUUGUAUGGCACAUACGCUGCAACCGCACGUACCGAAGCUUCCGUGGGUUAUGCUCCGUUCAAGACUCGCUCCAAUGGAACACAUGACUUCCAGCCUACCACUGUCCUCAUCAGUUUGGACGGCUUCCGAGCAGACUUUGUACAUCGUGGCUUGACGCCCGCACUGUCCUCCCUGAUCCAGCAAGGCGUGUCYCCAAAGUGGAUGAAUCCCUCGUUCCCCUCGGUGACAGCUCCCAACCACUACACUUUGGUCACAGGCAUGUAUCCUGAAGCCCAUGGCAUCAUUGGCAACACCUUUUUCGAUCCUCUCGCCCAAAAGGAGUUUUACUUUACAGAUCCAGCGCGUUCCAUGACCGAGGAGUGGUGGAACGCUGCAGAGCCCCUCUGGCAGACUGCCGAGCAACAGAAUGUUCCGACCGCUAUUCAUAUGUGGCCGGGAAGUGAAGCUCAUAUCGGCAAGAUGGAGCCAGCGUACGUCGACAAGUAUGACGGGCACGAAUCUCUGCAGAACAAGGUUGAUCGCAUCCUUGGCUGGCUCGAUCUUCCCGGGCCCAAGGAUUCCGGUGCGUUGGAAGCAACACCAAGGCCUCAACUCAUCGCUGCCUAUGUUCCUGAUGUUGACAGGGACGGCCAUCUCUAUGGCCCAAACUCCACAUACAUCAGAAGUACCAUAACAGAAGUCGAUGGCAUGGUCGGAUCGCUUCUCAAGGGUAUCGAGGAGAGGAACCUGACCGACGUGGUCAAUAUCGUUGUUGUAUCUGAUCAUGGUAUGGCCACCACGUCAAAUGAUCGUCUGAUACAAUUGGAGGAUUUGGUGAAUCCCGCUCUCAUUGAACAUACUGAUGGAUGGCCCCUAUACGGACUCCGUCCACACGACCAGUCACAGACACACCUGCAGACCAUGUACGAAGACUUGUUUGCCAAAAGCCAGUUGCCAAAGUACAAGGAUCAAUUCGAUGUUUACCUAAGAGAUGUCAAUAUGCCAGAGCGAUACCACUUCAGUCAAAACCAACGCAUAGCCCCGCUAUGGAUAGUUCCCAGAGUUGGAUGGGCGAUUGCGCCUAAACACGAAUUCGACCUACAGGAAGCGAUGGCACGUGGUGAAGUAUAUCAUCCUCGUGGACUCCACGGAUACGACAAUCAACAUCCUCUGAUGCGAGCAAUCUUUAUCGCGAAAGGUCCUGCGUUUCCUCAUCCUGAAGGAAGCAUGGUCGACGCCUUUCAGAAUACCGAAGUGUACAACAUUGUCUGCGACUCUCUUGGUUUGGAGCCCAAGAAGAACAACGGCACUAUCCGACUACCUUUCAAGGUCAAUGGCCGACAUGAUUCUGAUGCAGAUGCUGAUGUCGACAUUCCCGAGGAUCUGGAUGAUUUCGAAAUCGUUCACCCUGUACUACUACCGCCUGAGAUUCCUAAAAUCGUAAGCAUAUCAUCGUCCCAACCUGAUCCAGAAAUCACUCCAAGCAAUCCUACAACCCAAGAGCCUUCGAGCUCUUCAGCUGCUGCAAGCGAAGCUACUAUUCCCAAGCCUUCGGAUACUUCAGCCGUCGCAAGCGACACCGACGCUGCAGACCAUGCUUCUGAACCAACGCCAAGCAAGUCCAGCUCAUGGCUAGAUUGGGCCAAUGGCAAGCUCCAAGCUGCAAAGGCUUGGGCGACGGAUGUUUUUGGAUCGCACAAGACUAGCAGCAAGGGUGAUUGA